GGAGUUAGUUUUUCAGUGUAUGUGGCCAGGGCCGUUUCAGCGCUCUGCGUCAUUUGGUGCCGUAGCGUCGCCAGCCAGUCUGCUCCCGCUUUUCCUAGUUAGUACCGGACACUUGCAGCUCUUGGAUAUCGCGGAAAAUACGCGAAAUGGGCAAAGACAAGGAAAAAGAUGCGGAAGCAGCCGCUCCGCCGCCAGGUCCGCCGGGGCCACCUAAGCCGCGCGAGCCGCAAUACGGGCCCGACGGCGAGCUGCUGGGUGGACCACAUACUAUGCAGCAGCAGGCGGCGCAGCGGCGGCUGCAGCAGACACAGGCGCAAGUCGAUGAGGUGGUGGAUAUAAUGAAAACAAAUAUGGACAAAGUCUUAGAGAGGGAUCAUUUGAUAUCGGAUCUCAGCGAAAGAGCAGAGGCUUUAGAGGAUGGCGCUUCUGCAUUCAAGAGCCAAGCAGCCAGUCUCAAGAACAAGUUCUGGCUUGAAAAUCUUAAGAUGAUGAUAAUAAUGGGAGUAAUCGGACUCAUAAUAAUAGGUAUUCUGUAUGUCCGGUACAGUGGCGGCGAUACCCCGGCGGUGGUGCAGGCGGCCCCGGCGCCCGCGGCAGUGGCCCCGGCUGCGCCGGCUGAGGGCACCCCGCCUCCAGCACCCGCGGCUGGCAAAUAAUCCACAUGGAGAGCCGUGCUCAAGAACAUGUAGCCAAAACGUGCUGUUAAUUAAAGUGAACAGGAUACUGCGCCUAAUUAUUUAAUUAAAAGAACAAGCAGUACUAACGACCCUAGUAACAUCAUUUAAUUUCAGUAAAUUCUUUACUCGUGGACAUAACUAGUUUAAAUAAUCUUGUAUUUUCUUAAAGAACAUUACUCUUAUCGACCUGUUAAAACAUUCAAAUUGACUUUCCCAUGUUAAGAAAUACCCUAAGUUAAGUUAUAUUAAGUUAUAAGAUGAAAAUGAGGCUUAGUAAGUGAAUUAUUUUUCAAAAUUUGAAACGGAGACCGUCCAGUUUCGUCAAAAAUGUGAUAUAAAUGACAAUAAUUAAUUGCGCGCUGUUCAUUUAAUGCCGCUUCCACAAUCGGUACGCAAACUGGAUGAGAAAUGUUGCUACAGGAGUCAAAAUGUAUGUGGUCAAAAAGUUGUGUAAAGAACUUACAUGUAUGUGGACUGUGAGAAGUUAAGGGGCGAUAGAUGUACGAAGCUAAAAUAAAUUUUGAGAAUAAAAUAUAUCCCCGAUUACAGAGUUACGAAAGAUAAGACAAAUACAAAUACAUUUUACACAAUCUUCAAAAUACGCCACAACGCAAUUGAAAACAUCUAAAACCUAAAAACUGCUUCGAUCGUAGCUCGUUACGACUCUUACGAGCUAUAACGCUCGAAGUUGCUCGAGAAACAUGCUCAGCGCUUUUAAAGCACACUGGCAGAGAAGGUUGUUUUGUUAGUUCGCGAAGUCGCUCGAACGUCUGUCACCCCCUUUAUAAAUUAAGAAUACACAGCCGCAAGCGCGUGGUCUCUGUGUAUAUUUCCCGAUUCGUAUAUUUUUGGGCAGCAAUGCUACAUCGUAAGCCCAAACUUAUGCGGAAACAAGGAAAAAUGUGUUUAACAGACAAAAUGUCUUCAAUUGGCAAGUUGACAUAUUAUUUUUUUCAUCUGAGAUUAAUUUGCAAUUUGAAUACCUACUUACUUAAUAAAAAAUAAAAAUAAACUAGAACACAACCCUAGCAGCAAAACGGAUAGAGUAGAAUACAUAAUAUUUAAAUUAAAAAUGUAAAUCAUAUAACAUCAAACAACGUACUACCUACAUAUAUGUCAUUGGCGUGUUAAAGACUUGUAAUUAAAGAAAAGAAUGAUAUUGUAACUAGUGAGAGUUGGGCUGUGUUUAUUAAAGGUAUGUAGGAAAUUGUAAAAUAAAGAAUAUACCAUUUUCAGGUCAUUAUGAUUUAUUUGUUCGUGAUUGUUUUUAUUUGUUCUCCUAAACAUUUUUUUACAGGUAGGGUUUACUAAUUAAAUUAAUAUUUUAAGUUACAAUCUAGAUUACUAAAAUAUUUAGUCUAGUUUAGUUGAUUGUGGUUACUUUAUUAGAAUUAUUAAGCCCAUAGAAAUAUAUUUAUCAAGU